AUGAUUGAAAGGAAAUUUAUAGAAGACACAAUUUAAAAGGAGAGCCUGCAGACUUAGUUACACAUCGAAGAAUCAAACAUGUUCUUCCACGGGCUUUUCCUUUCCAUCUUGCUUUUGUCAGUGAGUGGAACACCUGCUCAAGUCCAGAACCAACAGAGCUUACACAAAAUCUCAAGUCAAAGUAGGAACCUCUGCUCAAGUACAGAACCAACCGAAGUUACCCAGAAUCUCAUUGACCGUUUGGAGAAAGAGACUGCUGCAACAUGCGAUUGCAAUGCCAAUGUGACCGAUUGUUUAUGCCUUCCUGUAUCUUCUGAGAACAACUGUAGCACCUCAUGCUUUCAGAAUGGGCUGACAAAGAUGUCCCAGACACUGAAACCAGAUUAUAGUCGAACCAUCUUUAAAGUGCAGAGAUAUGUCGGUCAUCUGAAGACACUCAAUUGCAAACCUUUUGCAUGCUACCAGCCAUGCAAUGAAACCUUCACUGCCAACACAAUGGAGUUUCUGAAGGCUCUCCAGGAAAACUUCCAGAAAGUACCUAUUUCUGACGACUAA